AUGGAGGAACUCAAAAAACCAGAUGAUGAUGCCAAAGUUGUCAUAGAUAAAUCAAGUAAUGUAAAAAUGAAGCGAUCUAUUGGUGUUGGAACCAGUAUCACCAUCAUAGUAGGAUCAAUGAUCGGCUCAGGAAUAUUUGUCAGUCCUACUGGUAUUUUGCUGAAUGUUAGAAGUAUAGGAGCUAGUCUAAUUAUAUGGGUUGCAUGUGGGAUCUUCAGUAUGCUUGGAGCGUACUGUUAUGCAGAGCUUGGCACAAUAAUAGAGCGAUCCGGAGGGGAUUAUAUUUAUGUGUAUGAAGCAUUUGGUUCAUUUAUUGGAUUUUUGCGUUUAUGGGUGGAAGUAAUGGUUGUAAGACCUGCAACUAUCGCUAUUGUGGCAUUAACAUUUGGGGAAAUUCAAGAUAUAUUUACACUUGCGAAACUUGCCGCUCUUAUAAUGAUCAUAGUAACUGGAUUCGUAGAGUCUGGAAUAGGUCGUUAUGAAGAGCUGAAAGAAACUUUUGUCGAUUCAAACUGGAGUCCUGGUAAAAUAGCUAAUGCAUUUUACAGUGGUUUAUUUGCUUAUUCUGGCUGGACUAACCUAAAUUGCAUGGUUGAAGAAAUGAAAAAUCCCAGAAAACAUUUGUCUAUAGCAAUUAGGUUAUCUUGCUUACUAGUGACUCUAGUUUACACAGCUGUUAAUGUGGCCUAUGUGACAGUCGUACCGGUUGCAGAGAUGCUGACUACAAGAGCUGUGGCUGUGACAUUUGCUAAUAGAAUAUACGGAAUGUUUUGGUGGAUUAUGCCAAUAUUUGUUGCUUGUUCAACGUUUGGUAGUGCCAACGGAACUAUAUUAACUACAUCGAGAAUAUUUGUUGUCGCUAGUCAGCUUAAACAAAUGCCAGCGUUUAUCAGUUACUUGCACACGGAUCGAUUAACACCUAUUCCGGCUGUUCUGUUCACUUGUAUCGUAUCAAUAAUUUACUUACUUGUUGGAGAUAUUUUCACACUUAUGAAUUAUUUGGGUUUUGUUCAGUGGUUGGCAAUUGGUCUUUGUGUUCUGAUUGUAGUAAUUUUCCGAUUUACUCGUCGUAAUAUUCAACGUCCGGUUAAGGCUCCUAUAAUAUUUGCCAUUAUCUACUUAGUAGUUACUGCAUCUCUCCUAAUUUUCUCGUUUUAUGGCUCACCUCGAGAAUCAUGUAGGUCAUUUGUUAUAAAUUAUGUUCAAUACAUUCGUAUAUUUACUUUCUAA